GGCAUGAUUGCUGGUGCCGCGGCCUCUCUGUCAAUGAACUUGCUGGCGUACAAAUGCCAGGGAAGAACCGGAGAAGAGAGGGAUGUGAGUCAGUCAAAAAGCAGCCUUGAGCAGCGGGACUCUGACCUCGCUUUGCAAACACAGCCGCAGGAGAGGCUAUGCUGGGGCUUGGGAUCAGAAGGAGUCGGCUGCUUGCCUGAUCCAGGAUUGACAGGACCCCCGGAGGAAGCUGCCCAUAUGGAAGGAACCAUGGAGUCUUGGGACCUCGUGGAAGACCCACGGUAAGCAACCAGGGACCUUGUUCUAUGUGGAGCCGCUUUUGGGUUCCAGACCCUCCACGUGUCCCUUUUUUCCAGUGCCAGUCCUGCAUUUACAGAAGCCGAUUUGAUCCCGGAAUGUCCCGCUUUUCCUUAGGACAUCUCUGUUUUCAUCAGAGAAAUGUUGGAGGGUAUGGAGUUAUGCGACCCCCCCCCAAGCUAAGGAGAUAAGGAACUAUACAACCUUUACAAGACACUUGCAGGCAGCCCUGUAUAGGGAAGUAUUUUUUAAUGUUCAGUGUUUUAUUAUGUUUUUAUAUAUGCUGGAAGCUGCCCAGAAAAGCUGGGGCAAUCCAGUCAGAUAGGUGGAGUAUUAUUAUUAAAUAGGAUGUCCCUAUUUUCAUCGGAAAAAUAUUGGAGGGUAUGGCUAUUCCAUCCAUGAUGAUGCCUGGAGUUUUGAGGUGCAAUGGUCAAGAAUGGGGGCAAGGAAGGUCUCAUUUGAGAGGGGUCUGCACGCACAGGCUUGGCCCCAGAACCUGUUCCUUGGACGCGGACAAUAUCUGAAGUAACUGCUAGGUCUGUCAACCAGCAACCUAAUUUGUAGCCCAUUAAUCAUCCGUCUCUGACAAAAUGUUGGUCAGCUCAUCAGUUAAAUAUUUUCAAGGAUAGUUUCCUCUGUGUCUAAAACCUUGUGAUCUCUCCAAGAUGCUGAAAGAAGCACGAGAUAAAUCAUGAAAAAUUGAAUCAGGGAAGGUUACUGCUCUCAGAAUGAAAAGCAAACGAGUGUGCCUGUAAUUUUUGUCCCUCUGUUUAAAGUGGUCCCAAAUGCAGAGGCAGAGCAGAACUGUCCUGGCUGGUAGCCCCCAAUAACCCUCCCCUCCAUAAAUUCAUCUAAUCCUCCCUUAAAGCCAUCUAAGUUGGUGGCCCUCCCUGCCUCCUGUGGCAGUGAGUUCCAUAGUUUAACUCUGUGCUGCAUCAUGAAGAAGAAGAAGAAGAAGAAGAAGAAGAAGAAGAAGAAGAAGAAGAGGAGUUUGGAUUUGAUAUCCCGCCUUUCACUCCCUUUAAGGAGUCUCAAAGUGGCUAACAUUCUCCUUUCCCUUCCUCCCCCACAACAAACACUCUGUGAGGUGAGUGGGGCUGAGAGACUUCAGAGAAGUGUGACUGAAGGACUUCAUUUUAUCUGUCCUGAAUCUUCCAACAUUCAGCGUCCUUGGAUGUCCCCAAGAACUAGUACUAUGAGAGAAGGAGAAAAAAAAAAUUCUCUGCCCACUUUCUGUAUGCCAGGCAUCAUCUCAUAAACUUCUAUCAUGUCACCUGUUCCUGACAUUUCUCAAAACUGAAAAGUCCCAAAGGCUGCAUGGGGAGUCCCUCCAUUCCCCUGAUUAUUUUGGUGGCCCUUUUCUGAACCUUUUCCAACCCUAUAAUAUCCUUUUUGGGGUGAGGCAACCAGAACUGUACACAGUAUUCCACCAUAGAUUUGUAGAACAUUGUUAUGUUAUCGGCAGUUUUGCUUUCAUUUGCUUUCCCAAUGACACCCAGCAUGCAAUUUUCCUUCUCCACUCAUUCACGCUACUUGAAUAAUAAAGCAAGAGCAAUGGUGUGCAUGCACAGAGUGCAUAAAAUGAUAACAUCACUUUUUUGUUUUUGCUUUUUGGACACAAUCUAGUGGGUGGGAAGCUUUUAAUGUUUGAUGGAUUACUGUAUUUUAAUAUUUUGUUGGAAGCUGCCCAGAGUGGCUAGGGAAGCCCAGGCAGAUGGGCAGGGUAUAAAUAAUAAAUUAUUAUUGUUAAUGAACCAGCCUCUGAACGUUACAUGGCAAAAGCAUCUCAGUGCUGCUUGUUGGAGAGGAGCAGAGUUUUCAAAGUCCCUUAAUGCGGUUCCCUCAUUGCGAGAAGUGAGGUUACAGGGAACCAGGCAGAGGGCCUUCUCGGUAGUGGCACCCGCCCUGUGGAACGCCCUCCCUUCACAUGUGAAGGAAAUAAGUAGCUAUCCUAUCUUUAAAAGACAUCUGAAGGCAGCCCUGUUCAGGGAAGUUUUAAUAUUUAACGCUGUAUUGUUUUUAAUACUUGAUUGGGAGCCGCCCAGAGUGGCUGGGGAAACUCAGCCAGAUGGGCGGGGUAUAAAUAAUAAAUUAUUAUUAUUAUUAUCUCACGGCAAGAGGGGGGUUCUUUCAUCUCCAUCACAGGUUUGCCCCUGAACUGAUCCACCUCCUGAUCCACAAUUUCAGUAUCCCGGUCGCCUGCUUCUCCCACCCACCGACCGCCCUGCAGCUGCUGCAGCGUAAGUUGGCAAAGCUGGAGGGGUUUGAAACUACAAAAGAGAGAAGGAAACAUUGGCUCCCUUUGCUUUGCGGCAAAGUGUCUUGCAGAAUCCUGCGGAGGAAAGUCACCUGCCUCCUUGUGGCGCCAGAGGACCUGAAAUUGCAGGGUUGCAGAGGAGGCGAGUGGCAGACCACUUGAGUUGCAUGCAGAAGGUCCCAGGGCUGAAAUAUUGGAGAGCUGCUGGCAGUCAGUGUAGACAGUACUGGGCUAGUUGGACCCAAUGGUCUGACUUGGUAUUAGGGAGCUCAGAACAAUGAGGACUGGAAUCUUGUUCUGUUUUUAAGGGUAAGGUUGUAGCUUAGUGGAGAAGCAUCUCCCAGUUUCAAUUUUUGUCAUCUCCAGAUAGGCUGGAAAAGACUCCCUUGGCUGACACCCGGGAAAGACACUGCCAGCCAGUGCAGACAAUAUUGAGGUAGAUGGAGCAAUGGUGUGGUUCAGGUCUGUCAAAGAGUCAACUUCUUUACCCGCAAAGGCAGAGAGCAUCCCUAGAAGCUCAGAUGGUCAGAGGGGGCCCUUUUGCCACUUGGACCCUUGGACGAUUUUCUGGGGACCGCAUGAUAGAAGUGGGUGGAGCCAGAGACAAACAAGAGCAACAGGUGUCACUCACACUUCCCUAAGGUCAGAGGCUCCUAGAGAUGCUCACACCUCUUUGAUCUGGCCUGGGAGGGGGUGGAGACUGGGAAGCAUGUUGACAGACAGACAGAGAAGCUUGCAGGGUUGCAUUUGGCCCACGGCCUGAGGUCACUGACCUCUGUCUUAACUGGACAUGAUCAGAACUUAACCCGCAGUCUGUGCCACCCCCAGGCCACCUCCAGUUGCGCCACCAAUGCCCCCCUUUCCCGCCAGAGGAUCAGGCCACAGGGCCAGGGCGAGGUGGGCUCCCCAGACCUCUCCAUGGUUGUGUCCUGAUCCUCCCAGGACCCAACUCUGGAAAGAAUUAUGGUGUCAGGAAAGGUCUACUACAGGGGUCAGCAAACUUUUUCAGCAGGGGGCCGGUCCACUGUCUCUCAGACCUUGUGCGGGACCAGACUAUAUUUUUUUGGGGGGGGGAAUGAACAAAUUCCUAUGCCCCACAAAUAACCCAGAGAUGCAUUUUAAAUAAAAGGACACAUUCUACUCAUGUAAAAACAUGCUGAUUCCCGGACCGUCCGCAGGCUGGAAUGAGAAGGCAAUUGGGCCGGAUCCGGCCCCCAGGCCUUAGAUUGCCUACCCCUGGUCUACUACCUAAUGGACCAGGGGCGGGGGAUAUUUGCAGAGAGAAACCUGUAAAUGGCAAAUGACAGCAAUUCAGGGUGGGGGGGGGGAUUUUACUACGGUGGAGAUAACAACCAUAGAAUUGUAGAGAUGGAAGGGACCCCAGGGGUCAUCUAGUCCAACCCCCCUGCAAGGCAGGAAUCUCAGCUAAAUAUCCUGGAAGGACUGCAUUGCAGGUGUAUGCCUAUCCACAAGGACCAGUGCAUCUGGGGGCUGAUUUCCUCCUAUAUAAAUAAAAAUGUACGAUGUCGUCAUGCUGUGCAGUUUGUGCAAUGUGGGGAACUUGCAGCUGGCCCAGAUGGUUUGUGGGACAGAGUUUGGGGGAGUUUUAGCAAGCCCUUCCCUCUGUAAAACACGUCUCCAUCGGAAGGAGGGGGGCCGUUUGCAUGGUGCCUCCCCUCGCCCAGAAUUUUAACGGAGCAGAGAGGGGCUUCACAGAGCCGGUUUAACAAGCUGAUGGGUGGAGCUGAUGGGCGGGGCUUGGGGGUCAGAAGGGAGGGGCUUGUGGAGAUGGGUGAGAGGGUGGGUAGAAUGGAAAGAGGGUGGUCCGGUGCAGGGGAAGGGCAAAGUGGGAGGAGGCGUUGGCGAGCGGAAUGCGUUUGAGCAGCAGCCCCCAGUUAAAACUAUAGAACUGGAAGGGACCACGGGUGUCAUCUAGUCCAUCCGUUCUCAACCUGUGGGUCCCCAGAUGUUGUUGGACUACAACUUCCAUCCUCCCUGAGCUCUGGCCUUGCUGUUGUUGUUUAGUCAUUUAGUCGUGUCCAGCUCUUCGUGACCCCCUGGACCAGAGCACACCAGGCACAUCUGUCUUCCACUGCCUCCCACAGUUUGGUCAAACUCAUGCUGGUAGCUUCGAGAACACUGCCCGACCAUCUCGUCCUCUGUCGUUCCCUUCUCCUUGCGCCCUCCAUCUUUCCCAACAUCAGGGUCUUUUCCAGGGAGUCUUCUCUUCUCAUGAGGUGGCCAAAGUAUUGGAGCCUCAGCUUCAGGAUCUGUCCUUCCAGUGAGCACUCAGGGCUGAUUUCCUUCAGAAUGGAGAGGUUGGAUCUUCUUGCAGUCCAUGGGACUCUCAAGAGUCUCCUCCAGCACCAUAACUCAAAAGCAUCAAUUCUUCAGCGAUCAGCCUUCUGGAUGGUCCAGCUCUCACUUCCAUACAUCACUGGCCUUGCUAGCUAGGGGUGAUGGGAGUUGUAGUUCAACAACAUCUGGGGACCCACAGGUUGAGAAAGGCUGAUCUAGUCCAGCCCCCUGCAAUAUAGGACUCUUUUGCUCAACAUGAUGUUCGAACCCGUGACUCGUGAGUCUCAUGCUCUACCUAGAGAUGUUUCUGAAGAGCUCCCACAAACAUUGGCUCACUAUUCCUUGCAGAGCUGAACCUCGUGGACCUUGCCAUCACUGGCAUGGCGACGUUCCUCACGUUGCUGUCAGUCAUCAUCUUCGUGGAAGACGCCCUGUAUCUCUCUAGAAAGGUCCGCUGCUUCGUCAAGAUGAAAACCCUCAUCUGGAGCAGCUCUGCGCCCACCGUAAGUGCCCGUCCCUCGGUUACCUGUCUCUGGUACCUCCCCCCCUAGACUACUGCAAUGACGAUCCCUGGGGCUGCCCUUGGUGGCAGCCAGGCAAAUGCAUUUAGUAUGCAGAGCAGUAACUGAGGCUGGGAUGAUUCUGGGCUGGGGAGAUCCUGGACCAAAAUUAGUAGCGCCUUGGAAGAUGGCAGACUCUUCUAUCUUAUAUAGGAUUAUAUAAGAUCGUAUUGUACCAACCACACCGUAUUAGCAGAACUUGAGUGAUACUUGUAAACACACCAAAUACCGUUUGUGGAGUAGACGGGAACAUUAUUAAAGAAUAUAAAACUGUGCAAAAAACACGGCAGUAUAAACAGUACAAUGAGAAUGAUUGGAAGACUCGUUUUGUCAGAAGUCUUUUUUAUUUAAGUGUUUAUUUAAGUAUUAAUUAGGAAGAUUAAGUUUUUUUAUGCACGUAAAUCUGCUUUUUCUUCUUUCUUUUUUAUUUUCUUCCUUUCUUUUUUCUUAAUUCUUUUUUAUUUAAUUUUCUUUUUAUAGUAUGAGAUUGUAAAUCCUUUGUAUAGGUGUGUAAUUUAAAUUAAUAAAGAUUAUUUUUUAAAAAAGGAAGAUGGCAGACUCUCCUGGGUUGGGGGUUUUUUAAGCAGGGGUUGGGUGACCACCUGUGGGGGAUUCUUCAGCUGUGAUUGCUGCAUUGCGGGGGGUUGGACUAGAUGACCUUGGGGUCCCUGCCAACUUUUAUGAUUCGAUGAGUGGGGAGCAGCUGCUGUGGCGCUCAGGUCCUGCUUCCGGGCUUCCCUUUGGUGGCAGUGAGAGCAGGAUUCUGCCCCCACUGGAUGCCUUGGGUCUGGAUCCAAUGGCUGCUGCUCUUUUUGCAAUCUCAGCCUUGCCUCCCUUUCUCUGCCAGGUGAUCUCGGUGUUCUGCUGUUUCGGGCUUUGGGUUCCCCGCUCCCUGAAUGUGGUGGAGAUGGCCAUUGGCGCGUGAGUACCUCCCUGGGGAGACCCUCCCAUUCCACUCAAAUUUUAAUUUGACAAAAUUUUAAUUCCACUGGAUAGUGACAGGCCAAAACCAUAGCCCUGACCUUAACAGCCUUUGCUGAAACUUUACAUCUUCUCCCAGGCAUUGGACAGAUCGCGAUGACUGGCUGGAUGAAACGGUUUGCACCGAAAGUGUUUUUUGCUGUUUUACUGUGUCUGUUCUAUGGGUUUUUGGAUUGAAUUUUAUUGCAAUGUUUUGGUAAAGCCCCAAUCUCCAAGCGGAGAGAGACUCUAGGGGUUUGUAGCACUUACUUGGUUUCCGUUUCCUUGCAAUGAAGGAAGACUGUGCUGCCCUAAGGAUAUAUGGCUUUAUUGGCACGUAUACCUCCAUUCGCUUCUGUGGCACAGGGCAUCUUCUUUGGCUAUGCCAGCUUGUGGCAUUUAACUAGCUGCCAAAACCGUUACCUUGACAAAGGAACUAGUUUGGCUAGCUUCCCCUUGUCCAUGAUCACUGGAGAUGGUGACAGCAGCCACGAAAUUAAAGGACGCCUGCUUCUUGGGAGAAAAGCAAUGACAAACCUAGACAGCAUCUUAAAAAGUAGAGACAUCACCUUGCUGACAAAGGUCCGUAUAGUUAAAGCUAUGGUUUUCCCAGUAGUGAUGUAUGGAAGCGAGAGCUGGACCAUAAAGAAGGCUGAUCGCCGAAGAAUUGAUGCUUUUGAAUUCUGGUGCUGGAGGAGACUCUUGAGAGUCCCAUGGACUGCAAGAAGAUCAAUCCUAUCCAUUCUUAAGGAAAUCAGCCCUGAGUGCUCACUGGAAGGACAGAUCCUGAAGCUGAGUCACCAAUACUCAUGAGAAGAGAAGACUCCCUGGAAAAGACCCUGAUGUUGGGAAAGAUGGAGGGCACAAGGAGAAGGGGACGACAGAGGACGAGAUGGUGAGACAGUGUUCUCGAAGCUACCAACAUGAGUUUGACCAAACUGCGGGAGGCAGUGGAAGACAGGAGGGCCUGGCGUGCUCUGGUCCAGGGGGUCACGAAGAGUCGGACACGACUAAACGACUAAAGAACAACAACAACAUAUGUACGAUGCAGGGGCUCACAGCAUCAACACCCCAACCGAUCUUGCUUCUCUGUUUGGUUUCCGGAGAAGCCCCAAAGUCCAGCACACAGCAUGCAGGUCUCUGUGUCUCCUGCUUCCAGCCGGCCUCCAUCUCAAUCACUGGCUAUUAUUCUCCUUCCUGCCUAGCAGCUAAGUGAGGCAGGUGUCCUUCAAGGCCCACCCAUUCGCUUCUAUGGCACAGGGUCUCUUCUUUGGCUGUGCCAGCUUGUGGCAUUUAACUAGCUGCCAAAACCGUUACCUUGACAAAGGAACUAGUUUGGCAAGCUUCCCCUUGUACAUUCUAACCUCACCAAUACAGAAUCCCAGGUUUGGAAGGGGACCCCUGGGUAUCAUCCAGACUGACCCCGCAAACUUUUUCCGUUCCCCACCUUUUGCCUUUAGGGACAUGGGUGGCUCUGUGGAUUAAACCACAGAGCCUAGGACUUGCUGCUCAGAAGGUCGGCGGUUUGAAUCCCCAUGACGGGGUGAGCUCAAGGUGCUUGGUCCCUGCUCCUGCCAACCUAGCAGUUUGAAAGCUUGUCAAAGUGCAAGUAGAUAAAUAGGUACCACUCCAGCGGGAUGGUAAAUGGCGUUUCCUGCUCUGGUUCGCCAGAAGCGGCUUAGUCAUUCUGGCCACAUGACCCGGAAGCUGUACGCUGACUCCCUCAGCCAAUAAAGUGAGAUGAGCGCUGCAACCUCAGAGUCGGCCACGACUGGACCUAAUGGUCAGGGGUCCCUUUACCUUUACUUUACCUUUUGCCUUGAAAAAAAAUUGUUUUCUGUUCUUAAGCGACUAAUAAUAUAAACAGAGCAAUAAAUGCAAUUAUUAACAUGGCUUUCGCUGUUCCUCUUCCAGGUACUUUGCCGUCUGCUUCUACCUGCUGAUGCUGAUUAUGGUGGAAGGUUUUGGGGGCACGGAGGCUGUGCUCAAGGCCUUGAAGGACACCCCGAUUGUGAUCAGCACGGGGCCCUGCUGCUGCUGCUGCCCCUGCUGCCCUCGCAUCACUAUGACCAAGUGAGUGGAAGGCUCCCAGAUCCCACUUAUGGGGGUUUUUGGCUUGAUCCAGCAGCCACAAUCCCCACCCCUGCCUGCCUCCUUCUUUGCAACCUGUCUGGGUGCCCUUGGGCUCUGGCACCACCUGCUGUUGGUCCUCCUGCCACAACAUACAAUCACAAUAUAAAAAGCACAAAAUAUGCUCUACCCACUGACCGCACAGCCCUCUCCCCAGUGGUGUUUCGGGGUGGAUGGUUUUGGGAGAGGGAGGAAUCCCCCUUGCCUCUUCCAACACAGCGAAAGGUUGCUUGAGCUUUGACCGGGACGUGGGCCUUUCCUGGGCAGAAACACCUGUCUCCUCCUCCUUCCUCCUCUCUCUUAACCGCAGGCGAAAACUGAAGCUGAUUAUGUUGGGGAGUUUCCAGUACGCCUUCCUCAAGGGAGCCUGCACCUUCCUGGGGCUCGUUCUGACCACGGAGGGCCUGUACGACACCUCUGAGGUAAGUCCCAGCACCUGCAGCCGCUUUGCCCUCCAAAAUUUAGAUGAAGUCGGAAAGGGGCCUCGGGAGGUCCUCCAGCCCAACCCGGGUUGAUACACCCGCCCCUUCUCCCUCGUGCGCCUAUGAAACUUCUCCUAAGACACAGCCAGGCACACGCUCACACCCAGCAGCGGAUCUCCCCCUGUUCACCCAGCUGCUGUUCCGCCUGGAUCAGGCCACAAAUUUCCACUGACUGCACCAUCCUGCUUCCCAGCUGGCUGGCUAGACGACUCUGGGAAGCCCAAGAGGAAGGCAAAACAGCCCCUUCCACUGUUGCUGCUCAGCAGACGUCACAUGGGGAGGUUCAGCCAGAUGGGCGGGAUAUACAUAAUAAAUUAUUAUUAUUAUUAUUAUUAUUAUUAUUAUUAUUACCCUCGUAUCUAUGGGACUGCCUCUCCCGGUAUGCCCCGCGGAGGACCUUAAGCUCCAUAUUAGCCUCAACCAGGGCCAGGGCCUUCUCAGUGGUGGCUCCGGCCUGGUGGAACACUCUGUCUCAUGAGACCAGGGCCCUGCAGGAUCUGAUUUCUUUUCGCAGGGCCUGUAAGACAGAGUUGUUCCGCCUGACCUUUGGCUUGGAAUCAACUUGAUCCCCUCCCACUUUUUACUUUUUCCCUCUGUGAUGGAACUCCUAUUUGGGGACUUCCCUGGCUUUUUCUGGCCCACGUAGGACCAGUCUGGAUAGUUGGCCUUGGUGAAGACUUGACGUUUUUAUCCCCCCAGAAAGUUUUUGAUUUGAGUUUCCACUGAAAGGAGGCUGCAUUUUAAUGUUUUAAUGUUUUAAUGUUGUAUUUUAAUCUUGUUUAAUCUUGUUUUUUAAGUUGUAUUUCAAUCAACUGUUUUAUAUCGGGUGUUAGCCGCCCUGAGCCCGGUCUUGGCUGUGGAGGGCAGGGUAUAAAUAUAAUAAUAAUAAUAAUAAUAAUAAUAAUAAUAAUAAUAAUAAUUACUCUCCCUGCACAUGGAGGCUCCACUCAGCCAUGACAGUUAAAUGACCAUCUUUCGUGGAUGCGCAAGAUUCCUGCAUUGCAGGGAGGGUUGACUAUCGAUGACCCUCGGGUCCCUUCCACCUUUAUGAUUCUACUGCCAUUUCUUUGGAUCUAUUAUCCUCCUUUUAUUUAUUUAUUUUAUAUCAUUUUUCCAUUUGAUUAAAAAAUAUAUAAACAUGCAGCAACAGCAACAACAAAACAAUUCAAGAUCCAAAUUUUGAGAUUACUCUGAAUCUCCUGACUUCCCUCCACCCUCCCUUCCAUGGGUCCUAGUGAUAAUAUUUACAACUGCAUAGCAACACUAUCCAGAUUUUAUCCUUCCGAAUUAUCCAUACUUUCCAUUAAUUUACAAGUGUGGUUAAUAUCCUGAUCAUGUUUUAACCUGCUUAUAGGAGUGGAGAGGAAAUUAUUAUUGCCACUCCUCCCUGAGUCUUCCUGGUCAAGCCUCGUGUGUAUUUUAUUAAUCAGAGUCCAAUCCUUCCUUGCUUUGGGAAUGCUACAAGGACAGAUUAAAGGAAGGACUUCUUCAGGCAGCAUGUAAUUAAACUAUGGAACUCCCUGCCACAUGAGGCCGUGAUAUCCAACAAUUUGGAUGGCUUCAGAAGAGGAAAAGAUCAAUUCAUGGAGGAUAAAGCGAUCAGUGGCUACUAACCAGGACAGCUCUGCUCUGUCUCCACAGCUGGAGGCAGCGAUGCUUCUGAAUGCCACUUCCUGGAAACCACAGGAGGGGAGAGUGUUGCCCCUGGGUUCGAAUCCUGCUUGAGGAUUUCCAACAAGCACCUGGUUGGCCACUUUGAAAACCGGGUGCUGGAGGAGAUGGGCCCUGGCCUGAUGCAGCCGGCUCCUCUUACGUUCUCGCCUUCUUGCCUUCUAGAUAUCAGCCACAAGCGUGGCUCUGUGGAUCAACACCUCCCUGGGAGUGUCGACCUUAUUUGCUCUGUGGGCAAACGCGGUCCUCUUUCGGCAAGCCAGAGCCCACUUGUCGGAGCAGAACAUGGGCUGCAAGUUCGCCUGCUUCCAGGUAACCUCGUCUCUCUCUCUCUCCUCUCAGGUUCACGGUCCUUGCAUUAAUUUGCAAAGUCAUGAUCAACUUAGGUCCAGUAUAUAUGUCAGUAUAUAUGAACUCUUUUAUCCCAGCUCAGUCACUCAGAUAAUCUGCAGUAUCUGGUCGAGUUGGUGAGGCUCCUUUGAUAACAAGGAGAAACCGAGCCUUUAGUGUCAGCAGGCCACUCCAAUGGAACUCACUGCCACUGGAAAUUCAGCAGGCGCCUCCGGUUUCAACUUUUAAAUGCCUGCUGCAAACUUUUUUUAUUUUGCCAGGCUUAUGUAGGCAUUUAAGAAGACAUAUCUCCACAAUAGUUACCCGAUUUCUGUUUUUAACUUUUGUUGUCUGGCUUUGUGUACCGUUUAUACUUUUAAAAUACUUUUAAGUUCUAUGAUAGUGCAAUUAACCAUUAUUUUUAAUGUGCUUUUAGCCUUCUGCAUUGUGUCUGCGUCGUUUUAAUUUGUGUAAGCCACCUUGAGUAAAAAAACAACCAGAGUAUUAAUAAAUAUAACACCAAUAUCGAUUGUUGUUGUUAUUGAAAUUUGUAUAUCGCUCUUUGUCUGAAGAUCUCAGUGCGGUUCACAGAAUGAAACCACUCUGAUUUAUUUUAUUUUUUAAAAAAAUAUGAAUAGUGAUAUAUAUUUAUUUAUUUAAAAAUACAUUAUAAGUAAACAAGCCAACUUUCCAAAUGAGAUGCCCAACUCAGCCCGGGUGCUGACGCCCCAGAGGCUUCUCCAGCCCCUUCAUGCUUCCGGUCCUCAUUGUCAGCGCUGCUUCAGAACAUCUGAAGAUCUGCAUUGGCUCCCAGUACAUUUCCGAGCACAAUUCAAAGUGUCGGUGCUGACCUUUAAAGCCCUAAACAGCCUCGGCCCAGUAGACCUGAAGGAGCGUCUCCACCCCCAGCAUUCUGCUCGGACACUGAGGUCCAGCGCCGAGGGCCUUCUGGCAGUUCCCUCACUGCAAGAAGCUAAGUUACAGGGAACCAGGCAGAGGGCCUUCUCGGUAGUGGCACCCUCCCCAUGGAACGCCCUCCCACCAGAUGUCAAGGAAAUAAACAACUACCUGACAUUCAGAAGACAUCUGAAGGCAGCCCUGUUCAGGGAAGUUUUUAAUAUGUAAUGCUGUACUGUUUUUAACACUUGAUUGGGAGCCGCCCAGAGUGGCUUAUUAUUCUGUGGUUGUGCUUUCAGGUCCUCCUCAUCCUGACGGCGCUCCAGCCCUCCAUCUUCAGCACCCUGGGCAAUGGCGGCCAAAUCGCCUGCUCCCCACCGUUCUCCUCCAGAGUGCGGUCCCAGAGUGAGUGGAAACCCGAUGGUUUUCUUGGGGGGGGGGGUGUCAAAAAGAAAGGAAGCAUCCUGAGGGUGUGUUGUGGAGUGGUAGCAGUGGCCCUUGAGGAAGAAAACUGGGAAGCGGUUAAGGAUAGCUCUCUAAAAGUAUCUCGAGGGCUGCCCCACGGAAGAGGGAGCGAGCUUGGUUUCACCUGCUCCGGAGGGUAGGACUCGAACCCAUGGCCCCAAGUCACGAGAAAGGAGAUUCCGACUAAGCAUCAGGAAGAACUUUAUUAUGCUUAGAGCCAUUCCGCAGAGGAAAGGACUCCCUCGUAAGGCAAUGGACUCUCUUUCAUCGAAGGUUUUUUUUUAGCAGAGGUCAGAUGGCAAGAGGUCAUUUGAGAUUCCUGCAUUGCAGGGGGUUGGACUGGAUGACCCAUGGAGUCCCUUCCAACUCUACAAUUCUAGUGGUGCAUGCUCUGGUUAUCUCCCGCUUGGACUACUGCAAUGCGCUCUAUGUGGGGCAACCUUUGAAGGUGACCCGGAAACUACAAUUAACCCAGAAUGCAGCAGCUAGAAUGGUGACUGGGAGCGGCCGCCGAGACCACAUGACACCAGUUCUGAAAGACCUACAUUGGCUCCCAGUAUGUUUCCGAGCACAAUUCAAAGUGUUGGUGCUGACCUUUAAAGCCCUAAACGGCCUCGGUCCAGUAUACCUGAAGGAGCGUCUCCACCCCCAUCGUUCAGCCCAGACACUGAGGUCCAGCUCCGAGGGCCUUUUGGCAGUUCCCUCGCUGCGAGAAGCCAAGUUACGGGGAACCAGGCAGAGGGCCUUCUCGGUGGUGGCACCCGCCCUGUGGAACGCCCUCCCACCUGAUGUCAAAGAGAAAAAUAACUACCAAACUUUUAGAAGACAUCUAAAGGCAGCUCUGUUUAGGGAAGCUUUUAAUGUUUACUAGGUUAUUGUAUUUUAGUGUUUUGUUGGAAGCCGCCCAGAGUGGCUGGAGGGACCCAGCCAGAUGGGCAGGGUAUUAAUAAUAAUAAUAAUAAUAAUAAUAAUAAUAAUUUUAAGGGCCUUUCUGCUGCUCGACAAAGAAACCGAGCCUUUAGUAUUAGCGGCACGGUCCUGCGGAACUCUCUGCCACCAGAGUAGAGAGUCAACACUUGCCUUCUCUUUUAAUGCCAGGCAUCUGCCCUGGCAUCCUGCAGCUGGGAUGACUGGGGAUGUAGUCGAAAACAUCUGGAUGGCACCAGGUGGGCAAAGGUUGCAUUUGUGGGAAGCGGAGAAGCCAGUGACCUUCCCCCGGGAAAAGGGCCGGACUCAUUCUCCUCCAUCUUUGCUUGUAGUGAUGCACGCGCAGCUCCUGGUCCUGGAAACCUUCGUCAUGGCUGUGCUGACCAGGAUGUACUACAGGAAGCCGGACGACAAGCCAGGCUGUUGCCCGGCCGGAGGUUUGCCAGAGAGCAAAGCAGAAAUCGGUCUCUCGGCUGCCUAGGAACAGGAGUGCCCAGCAGGGCUAUCGGAGGCCCCCAGCCCUCUUGCCAACAUUUGCUCUGGGAUCUCAAGAACACGUGGCCUUCCUUGUAGGGGGAAGGGACAAGGGACUGAUUCUGCCUUGGGACAGGCACAUGGACGUAUGACCCUUUGUACAAGAAUGACUUCAGGACAACUGUAAUUUGUGCAGCUAUAGUCAAAAAUGCCCAGGGCCCAUGGAAUAAAUCUAUUUUAUGCUGUAUUGGUUAUUAAUCCCUAGCCCGC